AUGAAACUAUCUCCUCAGAAUGGCCUCCCUCGUGUAUCAACGUCUGAAGAUGAAGUUUGGUCAACUCCUGUGCCUCUGUGUGCUGCUCAUCUCCGUCUGGAUCUUGACCAACAAAUCAGAAAACGCGGUUACCUGGGCUUGUUAGGUCACAUCUUCCCGGACCGCGGGGAGAGGAUUCAGGCCAUUCCUCUGUACACCAUGUUGCUGGCUCUUAAUACUACAGUCAUUGAUUACUUCAGUCUUGACAUUGAAGGGGGUGAGAUGAAGGUGUUGAUGACUAUCCCUUGGGACAAAGUCAAGGUUGGAGUCUUGGUACUUGAGUCGAACCUUAUACCUGAAGGUCGGAAGUUCUUGGUGGACUAUAUGACCAGCAAGGGCUACAAGUUCGCUGGCAACAGAGGCAUCGACUCGUGGUUCAUGCUACCCGAACUUGUGAACCAAUACAUCAAGAAGGAUUAAAACUUUAUUGUCACCUUUAGACACACCUGAGGCUCCUCGCCCACGUAUUGGAAUUGGACAAGACAACGACAACGAUAAAUACGACACAACGACAACAAGCCUAUGCAACCUCUCUCAAUCCACUGCAACAACAGUUUCAGUACCUGUGUUAAAAUCAUCAGUGACUCCAACCUGUCGUAUGCGUUAACACCAAACUUUCAUUUAUGUUUUGAAUUUGCCCUAAAAGCAAAGGUUAAUAUCUCUUCC